AUGGUGUGUGAUACACCUCAAGAUUGGGUACCCAACAAGCCACCCGUGGACAGAAGCACGUGUUCUUGUUCUUGUUUCGACACUGUAUUUAGAGGGUCGUAUGAAAAUCCGGGUAAUGUUGGCUACAAGCACCUGUACUUCAACACGACGGCCAACAUGGCCAAGAUGUGGCUGCUGACAGUCGUCUUUCUUCUCCUCUUCUACGAGAGCCUCCGCUAUCUCUACAAACUCUGGCAACGCAGCUGCUCCGUGCGCUGGGGCUUCCUUCUUCUCUACGUCAUCCAGCUGUACCCUCACUACUACUCGUGGUGGUCUUUCCUCAUGUACUACAACGAGGAGGUGUACUCGUUCUUCACGCAUCACUUCGUCUUCAUGGUCACGGAGCUGCUGUCCACGGUCAUCGUCCUUGUCCUGGCCAACGCCAAGAACCCGCUCAACCACCGCCAGAUCGGCGUCGUUGGCAUCGGCCUGACGCACGUGUUGGUGGCCGGACUUGACCAGUUCGUCGCCCACCUCAUCAGAGGUCAGGGCAAAGCCUUCCAGAACGCUCGCAACAUCGGGCUGAUGGUGCCGGACCUUGUGCAUGUCAUCAUACCUAGUCUAUACUACUACCGCCACAUGCGCAGUACGAACGCUAAAAUGUUCGACGACCGCAGCAGAAGGGAGAUCAUUCUCUUGCUCCUACUAGUGACAGGGGGAGUCUUAUGCGGAAGAGUGCUCUUUCCUUGAUAAUCUGGACAUUGAUCUCAAAAGCUUUUCUAAGUUUGUUUAUUGACACACAAGAGAUGCUGGGUGAAUUAUAGGGUUGAGCCUCAGACACAUAAAACAAAACUGAAGAAAGUGUGAAUGUCUGGGGUGACACAGAAAAUGUCCUCUUGUCUUCCAAUGCUUGUUUUGUUUAUCUGAGGUGCUGUCAUCUGAAGAAGCGUCCUGUCAUAUAUUUUACCUCUACCCGAUGGAUGUGCUUGGGUACAAGUGUUUAAAUAUUUUUGCAAUGCUUGCUUCCAGAAGUCAGUAUUAAUCCCUGCAGAUUGCAAUGAAGGAUUACAGCGGUGGACUGGCGAUCCCAGUCGUGGAUGAUGGGACUAUGUCAUGUGUGGUGGUUUGAAGGUUUCUAUAGCUGUCAAUCCUCACUCGUGCAUCUCGCCUUGCAAGAAGAAGAUCGGUUUAGAACCAUCAGAGGAACCAUCAGCCUUGCUGCUGCAACCUCACUACAUGUGAUCGCCAUGGUUACACAACAACUGGAGCGCACUACAGCCUCCAGAGUCCAUCAGAACCGAUGUAAACAUUUUUACAAUUUUAGAAUCAGAACGAAACGAGGGAAGAGUCGUUAAGCGUUGUCUUACUGUCAAUGUAAGCAUAUAUAUACCCAUGCAGUAACUUCAUGCAAUAAAAAUAUCACAUGAAAGUUC